AUGGAUACGGGCGUGGGGGAUACCACCCAUUCAUAUGCGUACGACGGUGGAAGAGUUAGGAGAUGGAAUGUGGCCACAUCACCAUAUGGUCACGCUUGGCUGCCCGGUGAUGUCAUCAGUACUUGCCUCGAUCUCGAUAAGGGGACCUUAGAAUUCUAUAGUGAUGAUGAAAAUUUAGAUAUUGGACCAAUGACGACUAUAUGCCGAUAUUGCAAUGCGUUAAAGUUCAAAAGAGAAACGGCUGGAAUGUGCUGCGCAAGUGGAAAAGUCAAACUGGAUCCAUUACUUACACCACCACUGACACUGAAACCAUUGUUCGAUGGAAGUGAUCCCGAUUCCAGCCAUUUUCUUCAACACAUCCUUGAAUACAAUAACUGCUUUCGCAUGACUUCCUUUGGUGCUAAUAUCAUUCGAGAAGGCGACUUCAUGCCGACUUGCAAGGGUUAUGCUCCAUUGCAAGCGCCUCCUACUAAAGAGUGUGCUCGAGCGACGUUUCUGUUCAAAUCCCUUGAUGCUAUCAUUGAUGAACUUGCUCACCUGUCCGAUUUUAAACCUGGAAUUGUUGCAAAAUCUAGCAAGGCCAAAUCAGAGUCGUCAAAAGUGGCAGAGGAAGAGGUGGCAGUGCGUAUCGAUAGUUCAAACUCUGUUUAUAGUUCCCGAGCAUCUCCAACUAACGUUCUUGAUGUUCAGAGUCCUGAAGUUAAGAAGAUGUCGAGAAAAGCAUUUCUAAUGUCAUUGGCUCGACUUGUGGUGAUAGAAUUGGGCGGUUGUUUGAAGUUAUCGUACGUCGUGGUAGGUGAACUGCUUCCGCGAUUCCGUGGAUCAUUAGGAUUGAAGUCCAGAAGCAUAAACUUUGAUCAACAUACUGAAUUCUAUACAAUUAACAAGAAGGAAACUUUUCGCGAUCUUUCAGCAAAAUUAUUGACACAACCUCAUCCAAAGCUGUGCACGCUAUUAGAUUUGCUGUGGACAUUUCUAGAUGAAUCAGCACUAUGUGACAUAUUUGAGCAUUGUGUUGUUAGGGAGUGUUUACUCUUCGAUUCAGUAUCACGGGAUAUGAAUUUUAACCAACAAAUUGAUUGCCUUUAUGUACUAUGUGGCUUGAUGCAGCAUCGUGAGACAAGACAUCAUCUCGUAAAAUAUGUGUUCUUCAAUAAGAUUUCAUUUGACAAUUUUCUUAACGUGAAAUGCCCGGACGAAAGUGUUUUGCGCACUAUUAUACAAAAACCAUGGUGGCAUAGACCCACUCCUGUUCAAGGAGAAACAGACCCUAGGAUUGCUGCUGACGUUACUGAGCCUAAGACUGUAGAAUAUCCUGAUGCCGUUACAAAUAGCGUUGAUAAAACAGACAUACCUUUGACACAGAGCGAUAUUUCUUUAGAAAAACAGUAUAAAGAUGAUUGUGAAAAGAUAACUAAAGCCAUAGCACCGUUAGAAAAUAUUCAGCGACUUUUUAAUAUCUCGCGCAACUCACCCGCCAUUUCGUGGUGUUGCCAUGCAAGACUCCUUACUGCUGUACUGAAGUUAUGGGAUAUGGAAAAUCCACUCGGAAAUUUGAAUGCACCACCGCAUUUACCACCCAAAACGUUUAUCGAUGGUGAACUGGACUUUUAUAAUGUUGACCGACUUGGUGGUGUUCUACCUUUCUUGGUGAGGACUCUUAGAAAUGACCUCGUCGACGUCUUAGGUGAGGAUAAUCCGUUCAUACAAAGUUUCGAGCCGAAUUACAACCGAGCCGGAGGGAUCGAUGCUGGUGUAAGUGAGAUGGCAGCUGGAUCACCAGGGCUGGCAACACUGCCGCAGGUGAUAUCAUCAAUGGCUAGAUUUAUGCAUGCUGCUAUGCCGCUAAUACCUAACAGAACCACUGGUGAGACGGCGUUAGCUCUAAAAGGCACUAGGUCCUUGAUGCCAGGCGCUGGAGCUAUCGACAUCAGAUCGGCAUACCUGCGAUUGCUCGAUGGUGUUCUGGCGCUGUACCAUGGUGCUGCUAUUAAACAUGCAGAAAAACUAUGUGAACUCAGAGACAGUCAACUCGAUUUGGCUGACUGCCUACAUGAUAUAGAACAACGUAUAGCCACUGUUUCCUUGGAACUGCAAACGGGAAUGGAUUCGAGGAAAGAGUUAACGGAUGAAGAAAAAGUAACAAAACAAGUUUUGGAAAGAAUACUUAAGGAGCUAGAGAGAUCUAAAUCUGUCUAUGAGGAGAAAUUGGAAUCGGGUGCAUUGCAAAUGGCUUGGGUGAUUGGGGCCAUUUGGACUAAACAACGGCAGCAAGAACUGGCGAAGCAUUUUGCAGGAACUCUCCACUCCCUGCGUUUGUCAUCUGACCCCGAUUACGCAAAUCACAUUGAAGUUGACAGUAAAGAAAUUCUACCGGAUAAGAGCUCUCUUCUUGGCGCUGGAAGCUAUGCGUCACUACAAUUGGAGUACACGUCAAGCUCUGAUCAAAGGGCAAAAGGGGAAGAAACUGGAUGUUUGGCGUAUCAGGCUCGGAUGCAUCGCUUUUUUGCAGAGCUGGAGCCAUCUCUAUCCGUCACUGAGCAAAACCUGGCAGACCGAGUUAGGUACAUCCUGCGCUCCAACAUAUUUGGUGACGCCGAACUCGAGCGACUACGACGUGAGGCUAUUCCUUCAUCGAAUGGAAAUGCUACGGCUGGGAAUGCGGCGCCACUAGAUGCGCAACAAACUGCAUAUGUGGAUGCUGCCGUCAACAUUCCAUUUGUGGCUAAUUCAGACGAUGAUGGAAUAGUCUCCCACGAACUAGAGAAAAUGAGGAGCAUAUUGGAAGAGUCGAUGCUGGAAACGCGCAGCAUGCCUCUCGAAAAUCGACCGCGACUUCCUCGCAUACCUCUUAGCAAGCGAAAUCGGGCGUUUGCUGGGACAAAUAUCAGUUUGUUCCAGCCGGAUAUCACGCAAAAACUAACGGAGCGCAUAGAUGACCUGAAGCAAAAAAUCGCUGCUUGGGGGAAGCGGAUUCGACGAUUUAGCGAGAGGUCAAGGUGGUUCAACCAGAAUCGUCUCUUCCAGAGUGAUCAGAAGAGGCUCUACAAAUCAUUGGAGCGACUAGAGGUAUGUGGAGCGGGCCCAGGACCGGAUCAGGCUGACACUGUCGCAUUUUGGCGUGGCCUGUGGUCAGAGCCCGUAAACCACAGCGAGGGCCCUUGGAUGGAAGUUGUGGCGAGCCAGAGUGCAAGUGUUACGCCUAUGGACCCCGUCACCAUAACGCCUGAAGACGUGGCUGAGGCGUUCCGUAGGGCCCCGAACUGGAAAAGUCCGGGGCUCGACGGGCUGCAUUAUUACUGGCUGAAGGGUCCGCAAAGCCCAACGUCCAGAGCGGUGACGCCUCUUCAAGGAUCGAAUGCUCAAAUUACUCUGUCAAAUCCAAAUAGCCGUCAGACUGGAUUUGCGGAAUCGUUAUUUGCCUUUGUGCCCGAAUACCACGUGGAUGCUAUGUUGGAACUUUGUAACACUUUGAGAUUAUACAUGCAUCCCACUGUACCGAUCCAUCAAGUAGCAGAAUGGGAAGAGUUAAUGGUGUCAUGCGCGUCUUUUCUAUGCGCGGAGUUUGCGGACCAACGUAUUGUUCUGGCUAGUACGAGGGAAUCGCUUGUCCAAACAUUGGCGUCGUUUGCAACGCAACCAGCCACCAUGAGAGCGAUAGAGAAAGUGCCCGUAAAACAGCAGAUGUGCAUGGUGGAGGAAUUGGUGCGACCUUAUCAAAAUCGUGCUUGGGCCCAGUCCAAUUGGGUGCUCGUUCGUUUCUGGCACGGCUCCGGUUUUGGCUUUCGACACCGACAAUGGCCACAUUUGGCUGCGAAAUUCGGUGACCGAGAACCAACUGUAAACAAUUUGGGUGCAAAGGUUGAUGCCGGUCUUAUGUCUCAAUGUUUCGGACCUUGCCCUUCAGAAGUGAUUCAGAGUCGCAUAAAAGAUUACCUCAUGGCAAAUCCAAAAGAAGCAUCUGCAUUUCUUAACUCUCUGCUCAGUCAGUUGAACUGGGCGUUCUCAGAGUUUAUCACAAUGAUGCAAGAGAUGGACAGAGUGCGUAUAGAUGCUCAUCUAGAACCUCGUCAGAUAAAGUUAUGUGCGACUUGCUUCGACCUUUACCAUGGGUUAGCUCGAGCACUGGAGAUGACUCUUUAUUUGGCGCCUACUUUGCUCACUAAACCUGAGACCAGCGACAACCAAAACGAACUGCUACUUGGACGUACUUGUCAGGUUAUUAAAAGUUUAACGGUCGUUUUAGUAUAG